UAAUUCGAAUUAAGCUCAACUCUGUAGGCUUCAUGAACAAGAAAACCCGCUGCAGGCCCUAAACAAUUUAGCCGAACUUUAAGACCUGACAUUGUACUGGACAUUGUAGUACAGUAGAGUAAAUACUCUCUAACAUCAGAGUAGGGACAGUGCUUUUAUUCUGAAGAAACCAGAGCGGAAGUGUUGCAGCUGCUGAGGAAGUAAAGAGUAAGUAAAGAGUAAGUGCAAGUCUAGCAGAUCUCCUGACCUGAAUACAGACAAGAUGGAAAACGUCUCCAUUGACAGUUUAAUCCUGAAGCUCCACGAUGUGAACGCGGUGAAAUUUGGAGAAUACAAGUUGAAGAGCGGCAUGCUGACACCCAUUUAUAUCGACCUGAGGGUUCUCGUGUCCUACCCCGCGCUCAUGAACCAGGUGUCAAGUCUCAUUUACCAGCGAGUGCAGGAAGAGGGACUGCAGUUUGACUUGGUGUGUGGGGUUCCAUACACAGCCCUGCCUUUGGCCACAAUCAUCUGUUCUAGACAUGAACUGCCCAUGCUUAUCAGGCGAAAGGAGGCCAAGGACUAUGGAACCAAGCGUCUGGUGGAGGGCUCGUUUCAGGAGGGGGACAUAUGUCUGAUCAUCGAGGACACAGUGACCAGUGGCAGCAGCAUCCUGGAGACUGCUGAAGUGCUCAAUAAAGGGGGACUGAAGGUGACAGAUGCAGUGGUACUAAUGGACAGAGAGCAAGGCGGUGUGGAUAUGUUGGCUUCUCAGGGAAUCAAGCUCCAUCCCAUCAUCUCUAUGUUCAAGCUGCUCAAUGUGCUGCUGGCAGCUGAACGCAUCGACGCUCAAACUGCCCAGAAUGUCCGCACGUUCAUCCAGGACAACAACACGUUCAGCCCCAAGGAGAAGAAUGGCAAUGGGGUCCCUGCCACCAAGAAGCCAUGUAUGGAACAGAACAAUAGGCUGAGCUACGCAGACAGAGCCAAACUACCCAACGUCCACCCUCUGGCGUCAAAGCUGCUGAAGACCAUGGAGGAGAAGCAGUCUAACCUCUGUGUGUCCGCCGACGUGACGAGCAGCGAGGAGCUUCUUCAGCUAGCCGACUCUCUGGGUCCCAACAUCUGCAUGCUGAAGACCCAUGUAGACAUCCUAAAGGACUACACAGCGGCCUUCAGCCAGAGACUGCGGGCUUUGGCUGAGAAACACAACUUCCUCAUCUUUGAAGAUCGCAAGUUUGCUGACAUUGGCAACACAGUCAAGCAUCAGUAUGAAGGUGGGUUGUACCAGAUCUCGUCUUGGGCCCACAUAGUGAAUGCCCACGGGGUGCCGGGGCCCGGGGUCGUGAAGGGCCUUAGCGCUGUAGGAAAGCCUCUGGGCCGAGGCUGUUUACUCAUAGCACAGAUGAGCUCCCGGGGGUCACUGGCUACUGGUGAAUACACAAAGGCUGUGCUGAAGAUGGCGGAGGAGCAGUCAGACUUUGUGAUUGGCUUUAUCUGUGGCUCUAAGAUCACCCAGAGGCCAGAGUUCAUCCACAUGACCCCCGGGGUGCAGAUGCAGGCUGGAGGUGAUGGGUUGGGCCAGCAGUACUCCACCCCAGAGGAAGUCCUCUACAACAAAGGCUCUGAUGUCAUCAUCGUCGGUCGGGGUAUCCUGGAGGCCCCUGAUAGGCUGAAAGCUGUUGAAUCAUACAGAAAGUCCGGCUGGGAGGCUUACACAAAGAGACUGGGCCAGAGUAGCCAAUAGGAGCUCAACAAAAGAGUCUCCUCUGCAUCAUUACGUCUAAUUUCAAAUUUAUCCUGCCACUCUAAUAAAGGACCUCUGCGGAUUACCUUAAAGUAUUUUUCUCUUUUACACCAGUGUGACCAUAGUUGUUUACAUAGAAACAUGCAGACAUUUGCAGCAGUGGGGAACCCGACACUUUACUGUUGAACAUAUGUAAAUGCACUCUUUUGAUUCUGUCCUGUUUAAUAAGCUGCAUUAACUGUGUUCUUCUGAUUCCCUCCUAAUUAAUAAACUGCACAACUUGA